AUGUCGCGGACUUCCAACCUGAGUCACCUUCCACUGUCUUCUCCCACGUAUUUCUACCCUAUGCGCAAAACCUGGAAGUCGACUCCCUCUGCGGCGAUCUGUUCAUGCCCCCCUGGCGAAACAAAACUGAUCAAAGAGGGGGUUCCACGAACUUUUGCAUUAGCGAAAACUAAGCUAUCUUUCGAGAAGAACGUCCGAUAUAGAACUUCGGCGUCAGUCCAAAGCACUGGACCAAGCAGCAUUUUGCCAUCUCAGGCUCCUACCUAUAUGAGAUCCAAUGCAACGAUUCGGCUGCCCCUACAGGUUUUGAAACACAAGUUGCGAGCCGCCACCUAUGCAGCUCAGAACUCUUUCCUAAGCCACGGAAUCCGAGCAGGCACACGAACACCAUGGACCUUCGCCAACGGAUGGGACUACUUGAGUGAUCCCGAGGACGCCCCACGAUAUUCUCCUGUGGAUACCAAAGACCGAGAUCGGUAUGACGGACACGGAGUCCCCCAGAUGAAGUCCCCGGAACUCCUUGACCUCGCGAGCAGGGACUCGACGGCCUCGACAGCAGUGGCAACUGAAAUUGCCAGACAAUUUCAGCUCGACCGGCUGCUGUCAGACGUCGACCCUGUCUGCAGCAUACCCCUAGACGAGAUUCUAUUAAGGUACGAGGUUGGGGCGGACUUCCGCCUGUACGACGACGAACUUAACCUUCGUCGCAAGAUCGACAGAUUGGACUUGCAGAUGGAGUCUGCACGCCUGGCUGAGAUCAUGUAUCCUCAUAUAAUUCUGGUUGAGGCUCUGGGGGAUGCGGAAAAGGAGGAGAUGCGUGCAAACGGUCUGGUCGACAAGGUGCCACUAGAAACACAGGAAAAGGAGCUUGGCUCAUCAAGAGCAAGGAGGCCGGGAAGAGGCAACCGGCUUUACAAUCUACCACGUCUUUCAGAUCCUCCGCGUCUAGGGUACCGGGAGUGGUCGUAUGGCAAAGGUGGAGAAGUCUGGGAGAAUGCAGAGGCCUACGUGGAGGACCCCUUUGGCUCAAGUACAGCCGAUCAACAUCACAUCAGUAGUGUUCAAUGGAAUACGUCAACGACAGUUCAGCAGUACCAACGCUGUACAUCAACUUCUAAGCAAAGUUUGGCGAUUUAUCGUGCGCCUUCUCAGGAAGCCUUGUGCACCAUCCACUCUGAACCGCAAGACCAAGGAUGA